UUUCAACACAUCACGAUUCUGGAGGAUCACAGCCAUCAUGUCCUCAUCAUACUUGGGCCUCGGUCAUAUACCACGCCUAUACUAACACGGGUAAGACCUCAGUACUCAGCGCUCACUAGCUAGGCACAUGACAGCCCAAUCCUUACGGCGGUGAGAAACAAGGGACAACCCCGAAGGGCGCUUCUAGUUUUCAGACUCAAGCCUGAGGAUAAUUCAUGCGAGCGCUUCGCCCCCAUUCCCUUCACCUUACCCCCAACCAUGGCGACAUGGAACGUCGUGGGCGAGAUUGCGAACGUCGGCGGUGUUACUUCCAUAGUUCAACUAUCUCUGCAAGUCAUCUUUGCAGUCAAUAGUUAUGCUUCAUCCGUUGCAGGGGCAGAGGCUGCACGUAUGAGCCUUCGCAACGAACUCACCUCCCUCAACGCAUCUCUCAAUCACAUAUUUUUACUCCUUCGACAAUCGGAUGCUGCGUUGUCAACGCGAAGAAACGACUUAUCUCCUUUGGACAGCGCAUUAAAGGAGUGCCAGAAAGUCUUGCAAGAUCUUUGUGAGCGGAUACCAGAGAAUAAGCGUCGGUCAUGGCUUGGUUCAAGGCUAGCGUGGCCCUUUCAGCAAGCCGAUAUAAUGAAGGCUGUCGAUAAAUUGGAGCGUUGUAAAAGCGCCCUUUCGCUGACCAUCUCUGGUGGUCUCUUGUCACAUGUGGCAGAAAUAACAGCUACAGCCAAGGAGAUCAAGCUGGAUGUAAAGGAUGAGGCGCAAAAUAUUAAGCAGGAAAUUAGCAGGAGAACGAGUGAGGUUAAACAAAAGAUUGGAGAUGACGCGCUAGUGGUCAGAGAGGAAGUCACGGCUGCGAAAUUGGCAAUUACUAAUAGGAUCGAUAACAGCAUCGCUCACAUCACAUCCACGCAGGAAAUGAUCACGAGAAGACACGAACAGGAGAAGCUGGAAAGGGUGAUUAGACAAGCACAGGACCAAGAACGAAAGGACUUGUUACAGUGGCUGGGAGGGUUCGACUGCACGGUCAGGCAUGAAGAAGUUUCCGCUCAGCGACAAGAGAACACAUGCACCUGGGUAUUCGAAAUGAAAGCUUUUCGUCAAUGGAAGACACCACCCACAGCGCAGCGUGGUAAAUUCUUAUGGAUCAAUGGCAAGCCUGGAGCAGGGAAAACUGUUCUUGUUUCUGCAAUCAUCAACGAACUUGUGGCCUGUGGCGAGACACCAGUGUAUUUCUACUGUGACUUCCGCCAUGAAAGAACCACAGACGGAGCUAUCGUUCUACGCUCCCUUCUUGUCCAGCUGCUGAGACAAGCACGCGUCGAUUGGAGCUCAGAAUUCACCGACCUCUUUCGUAGGAAAUCAGAAGGGGCUGAAGCUCCCGUUGACUUUGUCGUCUUAUGCGACCUCGUCUGCCGCUCUUUGAAAUUCCUCAUACGGCCGGUCGCAAUAAUCGAUGCCCUUGAUGAAUGCAAACGCGUUGGGACAUUCCUCACACGGCUGGUUAGCGGAGUGAAUGAGGGUGAUCUGCGACUGCUUAUCACCAGUAGGACGGAGCAAGCUAUUUCCAGUGCUCUGUCCGGCUUACCAUCGCUGGCAUUAAGCGACUAUGCCCGCUUGAUCAAUAACGACAUGGAACUUCAUAUCGACAGAGAAAUAGGGGCUCGCCCGAGGCUUGCAUCUCUCGCCCCGGAUCUGAAACAUGAAAUACGAACAUCGCUCUUGCAGCAGGCCGAUGGAAUGUUCCGUUGGGUGGACUGCCAGCUGGAUGCAAUCAGCGCUUGCCGAUCCGUUAAGGGGAUAUCAGACUCGCUUAAGAGUCUCCCGAGAGGCCUUUACGAGACAUAUGACAGAAUAUUGCAGCAAAUUGAAGAGGCCGGGCCAGAUCGUAGGUCUAUAGUAGAGCGGACGUUGAUGUGGCUGGUCGCUGCUCUGGAGCCACUCAACCUAUCUCAACUUGUUGAGGCUUUGAGUAUAGAGAUCGGAAGCACAACGCUCAACCAGAGGCUUAGCGUUAUGUCCCCAACCGAUCUCUUGGAGAUAUGUAGCUUUCUGGUGAGCUUCGACGAGAAAACCCAUGUUGUGACUUUGUCACAUUACAGUGUGCGGGAAUAUUUGAUGGCAGGCGAGAACGCACAAAAGUACCGCCAUCUACUCGAAGAUGCCCACCGACACAUUGUCCAGUAUUGCGCGCAAUAUUUGAUCAGCGAUGAUGUCCUUAAUUCCAGCAGCACCCGCCCUAUGCUGCGUUAUGCACUUGAUAUUGGGCUCGGUGCGCAUAUGACGUCUAUCAUACACGAGGAAGACUCUGUGCUUUCUUGCCUGGAGGAUCUCCCGGGCCAGUUAUGCAUUCGGCAUCCUUGGAAUCACCAAGUGGCUCGCGACAAUCCCUGGCAGAUUUGGCUUGCCGAUCCCAAAAGCAUCUGUGGCAUUCUCGUCCGUUUUGGACCUGAUUGGAUGAUACAACGGCAUUUGCGAGAGCGUCGGGAGCAUUGGAAUGAUGUGCUACAAUUCGCAAUUUUGGAGGGACGUACACAGCUCGCCAACGUUGUAUUGGGUUUUGGAAGAGAUGUCAAUUUGCCCAUCACAAUUGGCUCACAGACUACAAGCCCCGUGAUGUUUGCCCUCCAGUACAGCCCACAGGAACUCGUCGAAUGCUUCCUCCGUAGAGGCGCCCGUCUCCCUGUUGACGCUAUUCAUACUACACUCGAGCAACGGGAGGAAGUGGGCUCCGACAUCCUUUCAUUGCUCAUUUAUCACGGUGCGAAUGUUCGUGCAAUACACGCACAUUUUCAAGACGAUCCUCUCCACACUCUCCUUCGCAAAGAUGCCCAGAGUCAGGAAGUGUACCUGGAGGCUUCACGUGUCCUCGUCGAUGCAGGGUGCGAAUACAAUGCUCUGAACCGAGAGGGAUGGCGGCCUCUUGACAUUGCCAUCAUGAAAUCACUCGAUGAAGUCGCAGAUUUCCUCCUCCAAAAGGGUGCCACCGCCUCGGAUGAUGCUAUUCGCAAUCACCUUGAGAAUGAAUGCCUUAACGUUGCCCUCAUCUCUACACUUUUACGGCAUGGUGUGGGUGUGAAUGUGCAACGUAACGGAGCCAGUCCCCUCCAUAUUCUUUUUGGUUAUGAGGAAUGGACCGACGACUGGCUCGAGUUCGCACAGGCACUGAUCGAAGCAGGAUGCCCGUUUGAUAUUGAAGAUGACGCAGGGCAAACGCCACUGCUCCUGGCCAUCAGAUAUGGGUCGCCCGACCUAUUGACAUAUCUUAUAUCAAGAGGUGCUCAUAUCCCUCUUGACGCAAUCCACGAUCACCUAGAGGAUUAUUGGGUUGAUCGUUCAGUCAUAGAUACCCUUAUCCAACAUGGAGCGGAUGUGAAUGCGGUGCGCAAUGGAGCUAAUGCCCUUCACGCCCUGCUCUCUCACGAGAACUGGAGAGAUGACUGGCUCAGGACGGCACAACUACUUAUUGAAGCAGGGUGCUCAAUUGAUGUUGAAGACGGAGAGGGUUAUACGCCUCUCCGCUUGGCUGUUAGAUGCGGAUCGUUGCCAUUGGUAAAAGAUCUCAUCGGAAGAGGCGCCUGCAUACCGGCGGGCGCAAUCCACGAUUACCUUGGGAAUGAUUGGAUCGAUCAUGCCAUUAUAUCCGCCCUCGUCCAACACGGUGCUGAUGUGAACGCGCAGUGCAACGAACGCAAUCCCCUUCAUUCUCUGCUUCAUCAUCGGCAUUGGAAAGAAGAAUGGUUCAAGACAGCGCGUAUACUCGUUGAAGCGGGAUCUUCGUUAGAAGCUGUAGAUGAAGCAGGUCAAACCCCGAUCUACCUGGCCGUUAUACAAGGGUCAGUCACCCUAGUGAAAUAUUUGGUAGGAAGAGGUGCUCGCGUUUCUGCGGACUUUGUUCUCGAUAACCUCGAGAACGGGUGGAUCGACACUGCAGACCCCCUUGACAACAACCUCGAGAAGGACUGGAUCGAUUCUGCCAUGGCUUCUGUAUUUGUCCAGCGCGGGGUAGAUGUCGACCAUGAUGGUGGCAAUUUACUCCAUGCUCUGGUUGGACAUACAGACACGCAACGCGACAACUUCAAGAUAGCGGGAGUCCUAAUUGAUGCAGGGUGUUCAUUGGAUGCCACAGACAGAGUCGGAAAUACCCCCCUUCAUCUUGCUAUUCGACAGCAACCGCUCCCUUUCAUAGAGUAUCUAAUAGAACGAGGUGCCCGUGUUCCCGUGGAUGCUAUCCAUGCUGCACUUCAAUCCGCUCAAAUCGACCCGGAUGUCGUUUCGGUGCUCGUCGAGCACGGCGCAGACAUCAAUGCAGUGCAUUUUGGUGCUAGCCCUCUCCACAUACUCCUCACUCACUGGAAUUUGGGAGGUGAUUGUCUCGAGACAGUCCUCUUCCUCCUCGACGCGGGAUGCAGCUUGCACGCCAUGGAUGACAAAGGGAAUACCCCCCUCCACCUUGCCAUCAGACUUCACUCUCUCCCUUUAGUCGAAUAUCUUAUCCAAAGAGGGGCUUGCAUUCCGGCAGAUGCCAUUCACGAUGCGGUUCAUCCUGCCUACAAUUCUGGAGUCGACUUGAAUCCCGACAUCAUUUCGGCUCUUGUUGUUCGUGGAGCAGAUGUGAACGUAUUACGCUGUGGUGCCAACCCUCUUCACACGCUGCUUCGUUGCACGCAAAGUGGUGAUUAUCUUGCGAUAACUCGUAUCCUCAUAGAUGCAGGAUGUCAAUAUGACAGACGGGACUCGGCUGGGUGUACGCCACUUUACCUUGCUAUAAUCCAUGAAAUACCCUCGGUGAUGGAUUACCUCCUCCUAAAAGGUGCUUCACUGCACAUAGAUUCCAUUGGUAUUGCUAUCAAAGAUCGCGAUGUGGGCCCCGAUAUCAUCCGAAACCUUCUCCAGCAUGUUGCAGACGCGGACGUGUCCAGUCAGAUGCUCACGCUAUUGGGCCACCAGUCACCGUCCCCAUUGUUGCAUGAUAGCAAGUGCCUAGAAAUUACCAAAGCCCUCGUUGAUGCAGGAUGCGAACAAGGUGUCGACUUAGCUGGAUACUCACCCCUGGUAGACCUAGCCAUCACCCAGUCGCUCCCACGUGUCACGCAGUACUUCCUCCAAGUGGGCAGCCCUAUUCACAUUAAUCAUCCGGUGCACGUCACGCUCAAUAGUGAUGUGCCUGCUCCAUGUACCAAUUUCUAUGGACAGGAGCAGUGGGUCGACCAGCUGCACACAUGGCAGACAGAUUGCCGAUUCCAGACUAUGCGGGCUCUCAUCGAAGCUGGACAUGAUGCCAGCAGCCGAGAUUCAGCGGGACAAACUCCGCUCAGUAUCGCUAUGCAAAAGCGAAUCCCAUCUGCAGUCAACUAUCUCCUCGGAAAACUCGCAUGCGGACAGCUCGAUUUCUUCUGUGGAUAUGGACUAGAAGAACACAAUGCGGAGAUCAUCACGGCGCUGCUUCAGAGCGGCGCCCCACUCCACGCGUUGAUCCGCAAUGUAAUUACAGGUCCCGUCAGCAUUCAAGACUUCCGCUUUUCAAACAACGGGAUGCACGGUCCAUUUUGCGAGCGAGACUGCGGGGAGAUACUGCUGAUUCUCAUCGACGAGGGUUUCUCAGUAAAUGCCGCAGAUUCAUCGGGAGACACACCCCUCCGUAUCGCCAUUCAACGCCAGCUCUUCCUCGUUGUUGAAUAUCUUCUUCGACGAGAUCCAAUAUGUGACGUCGGCAAUAUCAUCACUGCAUUCGGCACCCAGUCUCACGUGUGGGAACACCUUCUUCAGAAAUACGUGAUGAACGUGGACCCCUUGCAUACCCUGAUCUCACGGAUGCACUCGAGCCGCACUGGCGUGGACGAAGAUGCUUACCUAGCAAUUAUGAAGAGCAUCGUACAAGCUGGCUGUGAUGUCAAUACGCGGGACAGCAGUGGGAUAACUCCUCUUCAGCAUAUGUGUAAACUUGAAGUCGAUCAAAGAUACCCUUUAGUCAGAGAAUUUUUAUGCGAGGAAGGGGCGGUGUAACGAAAUGGGGCCCUGUCUGGACUUAUUAUUUCAGGGGAAGAAACGGUUGAAUUAUAACUCGGUGUACGAUCAUGUCCAUUCACAAAUUGUUGGGCCUCGGGAGCAUCAUUCGGCCAAAUAUACCGUAGUCAUUAUGCCAGUACCAGUUUAUGAGAAUAUCGAUGGAUGUUUGAUCAAAAGG